UUAACUUCCCUAUCUCACCCAAAAAUGAAAAUGAAGAAGCCCAUGAUUUUUUUUAUCUCACUUCUCUUCCUCUUCUUUAGCCCAUCUACUGGUACUGCAAUCUAUAAUGUGGUCAGCUUGGGGGCUAGGCCCAACAGCAGAACAAACUCAGCCCCUGCGUUCCUUCGUGCAUGGGCUAAAGCUUGUGGCUUUAGUAGCCCGGCCACAAUCUAUGUACCCCCGGGACGAUAUUAUAUGGGCCAGGCCCAUUUUGUUGGGAAUUGCAGGAACACUGAUAUUACAAUACAGAUCGACGGGACCCUUGUUGCUCCAUCGAAUUAUCGUGUCAUCGGCAAUGCUGGAACCUGGCUUAUGUUCGAGGGAGUCAUCGGGGUUUCAAUUUACGGUGGGACCCUUGACGGGCAAGGGAGCACUUUGUGGGCUUGCAAGGCUUCCGGAAACAAUUGCCCAGAAGGAGCUAUGAAUCUAGGCUUUACAAACUCAAAAGACAUUGUUAUCAAUGGAUUAACAUCACUAAACAGUCAAAUGUUUCACAUUGUCAUUGAUCACUGCAAGAACGUCGACGUACAAGGGGUGACGGUCAUGGCUGGUGGAAACAGCCUCAACACCGAUGGCAUUCACAUAGAGAUGUCAACCGAUGUCACGAUUAAGGGUGCCAACAUCAAGACUGGGGACGAUUGCAUCUCGAUCGGUCCAGGCACCUCUAACUUGUGGAUCGAAAGCAUUGCCUGUGGACCCGGGCAUGGCAUCAGCAUUGGAAGUCUGGGCCGGGCUCUAAAAGAACCAGGCGUGCAGAAUGUGACAGUUAAAACAGUUGCUUUCACAGGUAGCCAGAAUGGGUUCAGAAUUAAGUCAUGGGGAAAGCCCAGUUAUGGAUUCGUCAAUGGUGUCCUUUUCCAAGAUGGCAUCAUGAGAAAUGUCGAUAAUCCUAUUAUAAUUGACCAAAAUUACUGCCCACAUACUGAAGAUUGCCCUGAACAGGUUUCAGGGGUGAAAAUUAGUCAGGUCACCUACAAGAAUGUUCGAGGAACGUCGGCGACUGAAGUAGCUGUGAAAUUUGAUUGUAGUUCUCAGAAUCCAUGCAGUGGGAUAGAAUUAGAAGAUGUGAAUCUUAAUUAUCAAAAUCAAAUAGCACAAUCAUCUUGCACCAAUGCAGUUGGCUAUGCUUAUGGUCUAAUUAAACCAUCAAGUUGUUUAAAAUGA